AUUAAGCCCUCAUGGAUGGUAGGGCUUUCUGCUUCAGUCAUUGCGAUGCCGACGUCCAAUCAGUGCUGGCCAGAAGAGUUUGGCUUCCAGCUGGGAGGAAGUGGUCCUAGCUACAUCCUGUCUGUGGAGGAGGGGAGCAGUGCCUACUUGGCGGGGCUGCAGCCAGGUGACCAGGUGCUGGAGAUCGAGGGCCAGAAUGUGUCCACUUUGGGAUUCCAGGCUGUCAUCGCCAUCGCUCAGACCCAGAGGAACAUCCCUCCCAGCAUCGGAGUUGUGUCUCGCAUCCAGCAGAUGGACAUCACCCCGGGUCCUGACGGUCGUUUUGGCUUCACCAUCGUGGGAGACUGCCCCCUCCUGGUGGAGGAUUGUUCCCCCUGCUCUCCGGCAGGACGAGGUGGCCUGCGGGCCGGCGACUACGUCAUGGAGGUCAACAGGAUCCCGGUGAGGCACCACGAGAUGGCGGCGGCGCUGAUCAAGGCAUCCCAGGGGCGUACGCUGAGACUAGGGGUGCUGUGUCUGGGGCCCAGACGGAAAAUACGCAGCAGUGAGAGUAUGGAUGAGAUACAGCUUGAGGGAGACGGGAUGAGGACGGACCGCAAACACAAGGCCCUGGAGUUCAACAGGAAGAUUGACCAGAUUUUGGGGGAGGAGCCUGAGGUGAAGGAGAAGCUGUUUGCGGUGCUGAAGCAGUAUGCUGCGGAGAAGAAGGUUGAUUGGCUGGCCUCUGUCCUCCCAGACAUCCUCACCACUGACGAGCAGCAGACGCUCAUCGGCCACAUCAGGAUCUUCAUCCCCAAGAAGCACCGGCAGCGGUUUGACGAGGCCGUUUCCCAGAGCCUGAUCCAGAGGAUCUGUCGCAGUAAGAGCAUCAGCGAGCCGGGCCCACAGGACCGUCUGAGACGUAGCCGCAGCGAGGACCACCCCGACCGCCACUACGGCUCCAAACGGGCCAGCUCAGUACCCCGGGACCCCGGGGAGGACAGAGGGGGAAAGGAGAGAGGAGAGAGGGGGUACAGGAAGUCUAUGUCGGGCAUACCUGUGCAUCAAUCAGGAGCCAAUCAGAGCCUCCAUGCUCCCCCUAGGACAGUAAGGGUUUACAGAGGGAAGAAGAGUUUUGGGUUCACCCUGAGGGGGCAUGCCCCUGUCUGUAUCGACUCUGUCAUCCCAGACAGCCCUGCUGAAGACUGUGGUCUCAAACCAGGCGACCGCAUCCUUUUCCUCAAUGGGCUGGACAUGAGGAGCUGUUCCCAUGAGAAGGUGGUGUCCAUGCUGCAGGGCAGUGGUGCCAUGCCAACCCUGGUAGUGGAAAGCGGUCCCUCUGGUUACUCCCUCCCUGACCAGGAGGACACUUCCCCAAGCGUGGCCCCUUCAGUGGCCCCAAGGUCCCGCUCCCCGGUCCCCCUCAGCUCUCUACAGUGGGUGGCUGAGAUCCUCCCACCCAGCAUCAGGGUCCAUGGACGCACCUUUAGCCAGCAGCUGGAUCACCUGCUCACCGUGCAGGAGAGAUACACCAUCUGCAAGGCCCUGGAGACCUUCUUCCAACACAGAGUACAGAAUCAAAGAGUCACCAAGACAAAUUCCCUAUCAACGUUACUGAAUAGCAAUAAACCUUUUCGAAAGAACGUGGACACCCUGAUUGUUGAUGUGUUCCCGGUGUUGGACACUCCAGCCAAGCAGGUGAUCUGGCAGUUCAUCUACCAGCUGCUGACCUACGAGGAGCAGGAACACUGUCAGAGCAAGAUCUCACGCUUCCUGGGCUUCAAGACCGCAGCAGCAGAGCCUGAGCCAGAGCCAGGUGCAGGACAUGAGCACCACAGGAGGAGCAGCUCAGUGCGUGUGUCAGGUACCUCCUACAGAGGCACCGUACGGGAGAGGAGCUCUGACGACUGCAUCAUCGGAACACACUUGGGGAUGGGGAUUCAUGUGGAUGCACCAGGGAGUGGGACACCUGGAGAGAGACAGUGUGGAGACGGCACCUCCUUCCCAGAGUCCCCUGACCUGAAUCACAUGUCAGGAGUGUACACAGAGCUGGAAAGUGUGUACACAGGGAAGAAUGCCAUGCAACAGAGUCACAGUCGUUGCUCUCCACUGACCCUACCAGACUUUGAGGAGCUGGGACAGAUUGACGCCUAUGGCCAGUCUCCUGCUCGCUCCUCCCUCAGUCAAGGUAGCACAGGGAACCGUAAAUCAGGAUUGUCUCUGACAUGGAAGGAGCCUCUGCCCGACCCUCUGUAUGAGUUCUAUCAUGAGGGAACCACCCCGUCUCCCGGUAGCGUUGACUCCAACCCUUACGUGAGCCUGGAGAGCCCCCCUCCGUCUCCACAACACUCGGAUGACCCCACCAGCCCCCUGUCCAGACGCAGGAAGCUCUUCACCUUCUCCAGACCCCCCCGGAGCAGGGACACGGACAAGUUCCUGGACGCUCUGAGCGAACAGCUGGGACACCGUGUCACUCUGGUGGAUAACUUCCUCCCUGGAGAGAACGAUUAUGAGGAGAUGAGUUUCCAGGAUGAGCAGGAAGUGAGCUACCUCCCCCACCAGCUGAGCAGUGCCAGCAGUGAGGACAUCAGCAGCAACGAUGACGCCACCUCCCUCACCUACUCCUCCGGGUCAGAACACAUCCCCAUUCCCCCGCCCCAGAGCGCCCCGCCGCCCCCGCCCUUCCCCACCCCCUACCCCCCGCCACCAUUCGGCUUCUCUGACCCCCUCCCCAUUACCUCGGUCCUCUCUCGCUUUUCCCCCGAACAUCCCCGGGCGCGCAUGUCCUUCCAGCCGCAGCACCCCAAUCCCCCUCCCCCGCCUCCUCCACGGACCUUCACGUACAACAGGCCGACACUACACAAGGUGCUGCCGACCAGGGAUGAACUACAGGGCCGUUUCCACCACCAAGCACCCCAGAUGACUCUCCCCCUGGCCCCUUGCUACUCUCCCCAGCCCUCUCGCCCCAGGAACCUGCCCCGCCAGGCCAGCCAGCCUCAGCCCCUGACCCAGCCCAUCCUGUGUCCCCAGCCCUCCCCUCAGCCCAACAGGCAAAGCCAGCUCGCCCUCCAGAGACACCACCAGCUUCACCACCAGCCCUAUCAGCCCAGGCUGAGCCACCAGCCCUACCAGCCCCAGCUAAGCCACAGCCUGCCCCCAGACCCACACCUGUCCCAGCCCCAGAGUCACCCUCUCCAGCCCCCUCUCCUGUCCCAGCCCCAGAGUCACCCCCCGGCCCCUCACCUGUCCCAGCUCCAGAGUCAUCCCCCCCAGGUCCCUCACCUGUCCCAGCCCCAGAGUCACCUUCCCCAGCCCCUUCACUCAAAGACCUACGAGACCCCUGUCUCAGUGUCAGAGCUCCAGAAACACAAGGUGCCCCCACCACCCCCUCCACCACUGCCGCCCCCAUGCGACCCGCCUCCGCUGCCCAAUUCCAGUCCCUGUGCUGGGGACACCAACCACAUGAGUGUCAAGAGGCUACGCUGGGAGCAGGUAGAGAACUCUGAGGGGACCAUCUGGGGACAGCUUGGAGAGGACCCUGACUAUGACAAACUGAGUGACAUGGUGAAGUACCUCGAUCUAGAGCUGCACUUUGGUACCCAACAGAGUUCCAAGCCAGCCUUCCUGCCCGAGAGCUUCAAAAAGAAAGACGUGGUGGAGAUUCUGUCUUAUAAGAAGGCCUACAACGCCUCCAUCCUGAUCGCCCACCUGAAGCUGUCUCCAGGUGAGCUGCGUAAGGUGCUAAUGACAAUGACCACAGACAGGCUAGAGCCGGCCCACAUCAAGCAGCUGCUGCUCUACGCCCCCGAUGACCAGGAGGUCAAACAGUAUCAACGCUUCGACCAGGACUCCGCCAAACUCAGCGACCCUGACCAGUUUGUCCUGCAGAUGCUGAUGGUCCCUGAGUAUAAGACUCGUCUGCGGAGCCUCCAUUUUAAGACGACCCUGCAGGAGAAGACAGAGGAGAUGAAGGCUGGAUACGAAUGUAUCUACAAGGCCUCAGUGGAACUCAGGAGCAGCAAGAAACUGGCCAAGAUCCUCGAGUUUGUGCUGGCAAUGGGGAAUUACCUGAAUAAUGGUCAACCCAAGACGAACAAAACCACUGGCUUUAAGAUCAACUUUCUCACUGAGCUCAGCACCACUAAAACAGUGGAUGGUAAAUCCACCUUCCUCCACAUUCUUGCCAAAUCGCUAUGCCAACACUUCCCAGAACUGUUGAACUUUGCCAGGGACCUCACAACCGUACCACUCGCAGCCAAAGUGAAUCAGCGAAUCCUGACAGCUGAGCUGGGUGACCUCCACUCCACCAUCCAGGACAUCAGGACAGCAUGUCAGAUGAUCCCUGCCACGGCUGAGGACCACUUCGCUGCUGUCAUGAGUGGCUUCCUGGAGAACAGUCACCCAGCGGUUCAGUCUCUGGACUCUCUGCAGCUGAGAGCCAUGGACGAGUUCACUAAGGUGGCCUCUUACUUCGGAGAGGACAGCAAAGUCACCUCCACUGAGGCCUUCUUCGCCAUUUUCGCUGAGUUUACUUCCAAGUUUGAGAAAGCACUGAAUGAGACCCAGGCUACAGAGAACCCCUGUAUUCCCAGAGUGGCCUCUCCCCUUGCCUGGUAGAGAUCAGAGACUGGAUAACCCCUUUGCUCUCCUCAACCAAAGUGCCAAGAUAACACAAAGAAACAGUCACAGCUACUGGGACACAAACAACACAAUGACCUAUGGCCAGGAGUUCUUCCUGAACAUGUCAUCUGACCAGAAAGAACUCUGAGCCCUAGGGCCCACAGUUGUCCCUGGUAAGGUCAAGUAGUACAAUAAAUUAGUAAUGAAGAUUAAUAUGUUUAGAUAAGAGUAUAUAUUUGAUAUUGGAUUAUAUGAAAUUGAAAUUAUAUUGAAAUUGUAAAGCAUAGAUGUAUAUGGAAAUUACAUUUUAGAUGGCUGAUAGUCAAACAUAUAUGAAUGUUAUCUAGAGCUGAGCACAAUUUUUAGGACUUGAUCUGAAAAGUGCACAACAACAGAAACUAAAAUUCCAUUCACACACACUCACUGCCUCUUAGAUUAUGUGAUGAUAGAACGCAGUAUUAACCUACCAAGAAUCAUUACAUUGGCAUGACAAUAGUACUGUGAAUUAUUAUUUUAAAAAUUAGAAGCUUUCUGGUGUCAACGUACCUGCAGUCAUCCUAACGUACCUGCAGUCAUCCUAACGUACCUGCAGUCAUCCUGACGUUUGGCAUUUCAAAAGUUCCACUCGGCAGGGGAAACAAAAAAUAUUGCCAGACUCCUGCGGGUUUUAAGCGUUUUAUAGGAUGAUGAACCACAUGAAAUAAGAGGGUUAACCCACCGGGGCUAGUAUAUGGAUAGCUGAUAACAGAAAGACAUCAAUUCAUUUGAGUGGUCUUGGCAGCUCUUACUGUCACUGUGGUUGGUAUUGAUGAACCGUCCAUCUCUGCCAUAAAUUCACCUGAAUUUGUAUCUUGUUUUAGAACAAAUGUUCACUUUUUUUCUGAUGUUAAUUUAAAGCUGUUUUGAUGGUAUUUCUUUAAUACUGUACGUGUUUCUACUUUCCCUCCAUAAUUCCUUUUUACAUUGAAAUUUCAGACAGAGCUGCCAUCAUGAAAAUACAGAUGUAUUUAUUUACAGACCUGUCGUACCAGGCAAUUUGUCAUCAUGUUCAAAAAGACACUGCAACACAUUUAAAUAUUGCCACUAGUGCAGUACAGUGUUGACAACUGUCCGAAGCAUUUGCAUGUUUGUAUAGGUGUUGUUUUGUGUUAUAUCUGGAUUUAUUUACUUUUAUUAUAUUCUGACAAAUUGGGUCUGAAAUGUAGGCCUAUUAUAACAUUUGGUCGAUUGAAGUUUAUUGUUAAUUUAUUGAAAUGUUCAUUUUGUAAAAGUGUGUUUUAUAUGUUUUCAUUGAUAUUAUUGGAGUACUUUGUAUAGUUAAAAAAAUAUUGACUUUUUAUGUUGGCCAUAUGGUUGCUUCUGGAUCGGUUGCAUUUGGAUCUGUAAAAAAAAACAUGAAUGCUUGACAAAUAAAUCUGCCUG